GCUUGUGCGAUGGGUUCCAUGCGGUACCUAUCCUCGAUCGCCGUUGGUUGCCUUGAUAACGGUGAUCCGAGGCUCGUUACCGUGAUGAUAACUUAUGCGGAGCCCGCGUCGUCGGUUCGCUGCCCGCACCCCAAGCCCCUAGGUAAACAAAUCGUUAAAGAAGAAUUCGAGAAUCCUCGGUCUCGCCUUCUUCAAAUAGCGGAGCAGGACGAGAGGAUUCCGGGAAUCAGUCUUCGUCUUGCUACUGUUGCAGAGCAUUGGAUUUGCGUUUCUUUCUUCGAUAUAGAGCUAUUGGAUUCGAUGGAGGGAGCAAAGAGCGUGGGGUCGGUGGAGGAAGCGGCGGCGACGACGGCGGAGAAAAGGUCAAGGUUUCGGAGGAUAUGCGUUUUCUGCGGGAGCCAAUGCGGGAAGAAGCCGAGCUAUCAAGAGGCCGCCAUCGAGCUCGGAAAGGAACUGGUGAACAGUGGCAUCGAUUUGGUGUAUGGAGGCGGGAGCAUUGGGUUGAUGGGCCUUGUUUCUCAUGCAGUUCAUGAAGGAGGUCGCCAUGUCUUGGGUGUUAUUCCGAAGUCUUUGAUGCUAAAGGAGUUAACUGGCGGGCCAGUAGGAGAAGUUAGGGAAGUAUCAGACAUGCAUGAAAGGAAAGCUGAAAUGGCUCGCCAAGCAGAUGCCUUCAUAGCUUUACCAGGUGGUUAUGGGACACUGGAGGAACUCCUGGAGGUGAUUACAUGGGCUCAACUUGGCAUUCACAAAAAGCCGGUUGGACUGUUGAACGUUGAUGGGUUUUAUAAUUCGUUGUUAUCAUUCAUCGACGUGGCGGUGGAAGAAGGCUUCAUUUCACUGGCUGCGAGGCACAUAAUUAUAUCUGCCCACUCCGCCAAGGAGCUAAUGAGGAAACUUGAGGAGUACAUACCGGAAUAUGAAUCCAAAUUGGUGUGGGACACUACUGAGCAGAAGCACCUCAGCUUUGUGCCGGAACCAGAGUCCGGUGUUGCUUCAUAACUUCUCCCACCCCCGCCGACUCCAAUCCUCUCCUGGUCACUAACAGAACUCACUAUACCCCAAACACCAAGUAUAGUAAAUAGCAAUCAGAACUUUGUUCUUCAUAAGCUUCUUGUAUUUAAUUAUAUUUCAUUCCUCUUCAUUUCCUUUGAAUUCAUGAGUGGAAUGUGUUUCUUGGAUGCCACUCCCCAGAAAAUAGAAAAUUAUUUGAUGAAAUUACUUCUCAUUCCUCUUCAGUUUCUUUGACGAAUGGUGUGUUUUGUUGUGUGUUGAUUCUGGAUAAUUGUGGCAAAAGAUGAAACGCUCGCCCCCAGUGCCCCACCGUGUUGAUUGUGGAUAAUGAUUGGAUGAAUGAAUGUCGUAAACAUGCCAGAGGAUGAACCAACCAACUUGUACAGGAAAAAAUGACCUAGCAUUUGCAUCUUUUGCACGAGUAUGGUGUUUACAAAACACCACCAUUUGAGGAUGCAUCUUCUACCACCCAAAGGUGUCGAGCAGCCUAAACUUUUUUUUUUGAGUGGCUAAUCUUGUCGAAGAUGACUAAAACAUAAGUUUAAAGAUUUCCU